GAUGUUGCUGCAAAUGAAUUCUGAUCUUGAUACUGAUCGAAAAACACUUAUGGACAAUGUGUCACAACUGCUAUCCCAAUAUCACGAAUUGUUGUCACAUUCAUUAGAAGAUAAGCAACAUUUUCAUGAAGAAGAAAAAAGUUACACCGAACGUGUUCAUAAUUUAAGCCGGCAGAAAGAAAAAUUGGAGGAAAAAAUAAUGGAACAUUAUAAAAAAUCUGAAAGCACAGUACCUAAGAAAAAACCAUUUGCCAGUAGUUUAGUACGACGUGUAAAGAAAGCAAGUUCUGAUCUAAUGAAUAAAGUGCCCAGCAGGAAUCGACGUUCUUGGGUGGAUGAUUCACGUCUUACUCAAUCUCAAUUUAUAAUAGGCUCUGAAUCUGGUGGAAAUGAUUCCGAUAACAGCACUGAAGAGCCUAUGUCUAUCGUAUCUGAUACACAUCUUCUACAACGUAAUAUACCAAUGCGUCAGAGUCUACAGCGUGAUGCUAAUAAGGAUAAUACAAUUGUACGUGGUGGCGUGGUGCGGAGUAGUUUACAAGCACAGAAACGUACGGAUUUAAAUAAUUCUCGUAGAAAUAGUGUGCACGGGUAAUUGCUAUUAUU